AGCUUGGCUCGAAGUAAAUCGUAGGAAGAGGGAAGAUGAAAAUAAAGAAACAAAUAAAAGGCAUGGGACUGCAGGGGGGAGAGAGAGUGAGUGAGAGAAACUAGAGGGGAGUGACGAAACUUGAAACAGAGACGCAGUCUCUGUGUGCGUAUGUGUGUGUGAAAGGGUGCGUGUGUGUGUGGGUGCGUGUGGGAGAGAGGAGGGGAGAGAGAGGGUCGAAACCCCAGAUGCUCUAACCCAUUUUUCUCUCUCUACUUUCUUGGUCUGAAACACUGCAAUCUAUCUGAUCGGAGACUCUCAUUCUCGCAGUUCGACGUUCCGAGACUCUCAGGUUCCUGUGUAAUUAGCUCCCUUUCUGGUUGGUAUAGUGCGUGUGGUCCGUACAAUGGAGCGGUACGGCCGGACCAGUGAAGGGUCGCAGUCUGAUCCGUCACCGGAAUGGACCGGAACGGGAGGGGAAACAGGGCUCGAAGAGGCUGUGUGGCAAUUCGAAUUGGGUGGCGGUGAAUCGUACCCGCAACGGCCCGAUGAGGCCGAUUGUAUCUACUAUUUGAGGACUGGUUUUUGUGGGUACGGCUCGCGAUGUCGGUUCAAUCAUCCUCGAGACCGUGGCGCGGUUAUUGGAGCUGCAAGGACAGGAGGGGAGUUCCCAGAACGAGUAGGCCAGCCUGUAUGCCAGUAUUAUAUGAGGACAGGAUCAUGCAAAUUUGGCUCAUCCUGCAAGUAUCACCAUCCAAGGCAGGGAGGGGGCACUUUUAGUCCUGUGUCACUAAAUUAUUAUGGAUAUCCAUUGCGACCGGGUGAGAAAGAGUGUUCAUAUUAUGUGAAAACGGGACAAUGCAAGUUUGGCAGAACUUGUAAAUUCCACCAUCCGCAGCCUGCUGGCAUGCAAAUUCCAGCACAAACACCAGUUCCCCCGGUUUCACCUCUACCUGUACCGGUACCUUCUCCAUUAUAUCCAACUGUACAGCCAUCAUCUGGCCCUUCAUCAUCACAAUAUGGUGUAAUGGUUGCAACCCCAAGGCCACCUCUGUUACCUGGCUCUUUAGUCCAUAGUCCCUAUGGGCAGCUGGUUUUGUCCCCGGCUGUAGUCCCUUUUCCAGGUUGGAGUCCUUAUCAGCCUCCUGCAAGCCCCUUAUUUCCUUCAAGUAAUCCAUCUAACAUUGGUUCAGCGCAGCUUUAUGGGAUGGGUCAGCUACCUCCAUCAGCAUCAUCUUAUAGUGGACAGUAUCAACCUCCAGGCUCCUCAGUCGGUCCUUCAGGCAGUAGUCAGAAGGAGCAAUCAUUUCCAGAAAGACCUGGUCAGCCGGAAUGUCAGUAUUAUAUGAAAACGGGGGAGUGUAAAUUUGGUCCAUCCUGUAGAUAUCAUCAUCCACCUGAAUUAGUUGCUCCAAAAACAAAUGUGGUCCUUAGUCCUGUGGGCCUUCCUUUGCGCCCGGGAAUUUACAAGAAAAAUAGAGGAUCCAAUGGAGAUAGGGGGGCACCUCCUUGCACUCAUUAUGCACAGCGUGGGGUGUGUAAGUUUGGGUCAGCCUGCAAAUUUGAUCAUCCUAUUGGAGCAUUGAGUUAUAGUCCAUCUGCUUCCUCCCUUGCUGAUAUGCCGGUUGCACCCUAUCCUGUGGGUUCAUCAAUUGGCACUCUUGCCCCAUCAUCUUCAUCAGAAUUGCGGCCUGAACUCAUCUCAGGAUCCGGCAAUGAGUCUGCAUCAUCCAGAAUAUCUUCAUCAAUGAGCACAUCAACGGCAUCAGUUGGCUUGACCUUGUCAUCUGGUGGAUCCAUUUCUCAAUCAACUGUUCAACAAUCUGCUCAGAGUUCCAGCCCUUCAGCAAUUACCAAUAGCAUUGCAAGCAGCUCGAUCUCUCACACCUCUAGUUAAGCAAUGUGAAUGGAUACCUCAUUAUAACUCCUUUUUAUCUCAAUUCUUCAACUGGACAUCAUUAUUUAAAGAGGUCCUGAAUAGGUUUUCUUUUUGAGUUAUUCCAGUUCCUCAUUCAGUUCUAGGCACACGUCAGCGUCAAUUGUCUUUGUCUCAUAUAAUCUUUUCAUGGCCAUCUCUUUGAUCUUUUGAAUAAAACCAUGGCCAACCUGGAGAUUUUAGCAAACCCCAUACAGCCACCUUUCUUCUGAAUAACUUCUAAAAGAAUCUGCAAGCCCAUUAUGCAUGUGCAUCCAAAUCUCCAAUUUUUUUUGGAGAUCGUUGUACUUAUUUAUGCUCAGGUCUUUUUUAAUAUUAGGAAGAUUCUGGCACACAGUUUCAUUGAUCAUGUGUUUGACUCUUCACCGAAACCCUUCUCUCCUCCAAACACCAAUCCUUUUAUAAUCUGGGAACAAUUUUCCAACUGUAUUCGGAAGCUCCUAUUCACUACUGUUCCCAGCCUUUUGACUAGGGUUACUGUGAAGAGAAGUAAUCAGGAGGCUACAAUGAGGCUUCACAUUGCUUAUCUUAUAUGGUUUUUUAGAUACACAAUGUUGUGACAAGUGAAAUGCAUGACUUGGUACUUAAAUUUAUUACAAAAUACAUAUAUGAAGCAACAUUUGAAUCAAAACGUUUGAAUGUGUAAUAAUUUUUUUUGCC